GACUACAUUUGCCCUCGAUGUCAGUCCGGUUUCAUAGAAGAAUUAACUCAAGGACCCCCAGAACCUAGUGAAGAAUCAGAUGAAGAUGUAGACCCUUUAUCCCAAGUUGCCGAUCUGUGGAAUAUGCUCAGUUACAUGAGAAGACCAGAGGAUUCUAAUAGUAUACAAAUUUCUAAUACGGGAGGAGUGCAAGAUGUUCGAGAUGGAAGGAAUCGCCCAGGUCCGUCCAGGCGCGCUAGGCAAAGCAGAGUCCCUCUCAGACGACAAGUUCCAGAUUACGAUACAGCCAGAUUACGGACGGAAGGAUUCUUGCAGCAGUUAGUUUCUACAAUAUCAGAAAACACUGGACUGGUUGCAAAUACAAAUUUUCCUGUUACCAGGUUUCUGAAUUUACAUAGUAAUCCAGGCGAUUAUGCAUGGGGACGAGGCGGAUGGAAUGCCAUUAUUACGCAACUAAUAAAUCAACUAGACGGUACAGGUCCGCCUCCAUUACCAAGAGAAAAAAUAGAUGAAAUUCCUAUGGUAGAAAUUAGCCAAGAUCAAGUUGAUAAAAACCUACAGUGUACGGUCUGCAUGGAAGAUUUUAAAUUAGAUGAAUUAGUUCGAAGAUUAUCCUGUGACCAUCAUUUCCACAACGACUGUAUAACGCCAUGGCUUGAAUUGCACGGCACUUGUCCUAUUUGUAGAAAAUUGCUUAAUGAUGGCUCAUGUCAGGAAGGAGUCUUCUCCAGACCCACAGCAGUGCAUGAUGUGUUCAGCGUAGCAGACGAUUCACUCAAUGAAGAAUCUACAUCACUUGAUCCUGAUGUCCCGAGGAGAACUGAGAAUUCUAAUCCUCACAUACCUUCAGUUUAUGACUUUACGGAUGAGUUUGAUUAGUCUUUCAAGAUGCCGUUUUGUUCCUUGUACAUACAAUAGUGCGCAUGCGUUAGGCCUUUUUUUCAGUGUAUUUUCCCCAGCGUCAGACUAAAUUAUUGAGAACUUCACAUUCAGUCAUUUUGCAUCUAAGAACUUAUGCAUUGUCCAGCAAUGUUUGAUCAUUAUGCAGUGAAAUUAUGCAAAAGAGCAAACACAUGUUUAAAUACUUACUGUAGAAAAUAAAAAUUUUAUUUUGCCAUGUUUGGUGUAUGUUAGUUUUACAAUCAAAAUUAAACUGAGGUACUGUUUAAAAAAAGUUCUGCUCAUCAAAUGCAAUCAGUAGAAAGAUUUAUGUAAAAAUAACAUUUAUUUCACAUAAAUUGAUUUACAAAUAAGCAAAAUGAGAUUGAAACAAUUACUCAGUAGUGCAAGUAUGUAUCAUGUAGUACAGUAUUGGAAACAAAUGUGCACAUAUACACUGAAAUGAGCUAUAUCUGGAAAAUUUCCGAUGGGAUUGCUCACAGCAAGCUCGCUUUUAAUUUCUUCUGCUUUCAUGAAAAGAAGCAUCAAGUACGUUUUGUAAAUAUAAAUUGGUGUGAAAUUUUAGAAUUUAAAUCCUAUGUUUGUCUUAUAUAGAAUACACUUCUUCAGUGGAACUUAUUGACAGGUUGUCUACAAGUCACGAAAGUCAGAAAAAUAUGAAUAGGCUACCAAUUUUUUGCCUGUGUUAAAAAAAAAACCUUGUUAAUAUGUAUUGUAUAGCUUUUACAAUGAUAAUGUGCUUGUGUUAGAAGCCAUACAAUAGUUAUUUACAAAGAUGACUUAAUUUAUUUGUUUUUAUGACGAAAAAAAUCACUCUCUCUCCCUCCCCAACUUUUUUAAGGUCAUGAGAAACGUAGAAAAUUUCACUUGAUUUUGUAGACCCUCUAGAUACAUAACAUUUACGACAUGUUGCUUUGAUUGAACGCAUAAGGUAUUAAAACAAAAAUCAAAAGUUUAAAGUCUUUCAAAUAACACUCUUUCAAUGAUAGAGUCAUGUGGAUACCGGUGUUUUUCUGUUAAAUAGGUAGUUUUCUUGUAAUUCAUUUUUUUUUUACUGAAGUUUUCUUCACAACGGCAGGAGACGUAAAUUUUCAAAAACGGAAUAGGAUGUUUAUCUCAAUGUAAGCUUUUGCAGAAACAUAAAGCGUGCAACAAAUUAAGAAUUUUUAAAGAUUAUUUUCUGAAAAAGAAAAUUUUUGAUUUUAAUGUAAGCAUACUUAAAAUAUGAAAGAAAACAAAUGAUUAUUGGCAUUGGCCUUUGAUCGGUAAAUGUUGAUUUUUGUUAUUAUGCAUUAUAUGGUAUGCUGAUCGAUGCAACAAGUUAAUCAUUCGUAUGUAUACAGAAAAGUAGCUUUGUAUCUUGCUCAGUAUGUUCUGUGUUAUAUACUAAUAAGAAAAUAAAAAGAAGUAUUGUAAACCAAAAGCGGAUGCUAAAAGAUUGCUGCGCGAUUACAGCAAAACGCUAAUAGAACGCUUGACACAUGGAAUGGAAGAAACGCUAAAAUAAGUUGAAAGUACUUUGUUUUCAAUAAGUAAUAAAUGAAAACGGUUUUGAAAAAAAAAUGUUAAAAUGUUUUUCUCUUUUUCACUCAAUUUUUAAGAUUUUUUUUAAACUAAUGGGAAAAAGUUUCAGUUCUUCCCCAUUGCUACUUUAAACAAAUUGAAAAAAUUAUUAUUUAAACUUAAUUUUGAAUGAAGCGAGUAACCUUGAAUUUUUUAAAAAAACAACCUGGAAAACCUGGAAAAAUCGGAUUUUUUUAACCACUAGUGUAUGAACCCUAAAGAUAUACUAAGUCAAUAACAAUCUAAAUUAUCACUGAUUUAAAUAAAUGACAAAUUACAUAAAUGUUGCAGUAAUCAGUGCAAAAAAGAAAAGACAAGAUUUGACAAGCUUUGAAUCAAUGGUAGCAAUCUCUAAAUAUUUUUCAAUUUUCAGUUUUAAUAUGCGAUUUUUAUUUUAUCCUAAGGAAAAAAUAAGAGGGUGCCUGAUGAAAAAGUAACACUUCUAAAAAUAAGAAGCAUUGUAUUUUAUGUAACAAAAAGAUCCACAUUUAUCAAAUAUCAUUAAAAAGAGUGUAUAUCAAGAUUUACAGUUUCAAUAAAUUCCUUUGACUAAAGCAACCAAUAUCAAAACUCUUUUACACACACUAUUUUUAAAUUCAGUGCUUUGUAAACUUACCUCUAUCUAAAACCAUUUACCUUAUUAGACUGUUUAUUUGAGCUAUUAUAAUAUGAUCAUUAGACUUUAUUUCUGAUGCAUUAAUGAUUAUAAAUUUAGGCGUCAUUGUGUUUGUCAAUUCAACAGAUUGGGGUCAGAUGGAGUACUAUCUGCAAAUAUUCUUAAUAUAUGGAGUGGUAUUCUUUUGUUUUUCUGGAAGGGAGAGAGAUAUUGCUUAACCCAUUUGCAG